AUGCAGCUCGCGCAAAUCCUCAGCGAUCUUGUCUCCUUGCGUCCGGGUGUUUGUGACCCUGCUGCAGCGCUUGCGCUUGUUUCUGCACGCCCCUCUUCUUCCAUAGCGACAGCUACAGCGACGGCGACGGCGAAUGCCGAAGACGGGGACGGGACCGCACGAGAGGCAGCUGUGGAUGCUGGUGGAGACGUGGAUGUAGAUCUCAAGCGCGCAGAGGAGCUCGUCGCUCUGCACCACGCCGUGCGCGAGGGCUGCACGAGCGGCGCGUUGAGCAGCGUGUUGGCUGAGGCGAGGCGCGCUGUGGAUAGGGCUGUGGGGUGA